UCCAGCGUAUUUCUCCAGAAAAGUAAAAGUGAAAGAAGAGCAGCGCAUUAAUGAGUGACACACGUUGGGCUGAGUCUCCUGGUAAACAAUUCACGAAGGUGUCAUGAAGUCCGUGUGCACGUUCUUCCUCUAGGUACCGAUCCUCGUGGCUUUAGCAGCACCUCGGCCGGGUUCGACAUGGACUCCUGAAACCUCGCGUGGCGUAGUUUUUGGAUCAGAGGUCAAUACUGGACGGACACGCUGUCUGACUUCCUGAACCGAAGGGAGAAAACAGAUGGGGAACUGUUGUCGCACCGAGAGUCCCUGUGGCAGCGUGGAGGAAAGAUGUGUGUUACUGAACAACGACGCCAAGGCCACGGGGCCUGUGGAUGAAACCACUGUGGAGGGAACGUGUAGCCCUGAAGAUGAUGACAUAAGGAAAAUCCAGGCGAAGCCCCCAAAUGAAGCCACCGUAGAGAUUGAACAGAAGGAUGAUGAAGAUGAGGUGAAGCUGAGUCCUGAGAACGAAGAGACCGAGUCCGGUAAGACUCAGGAGAACGGACCUCUGAUGAAGGAAAGCAUUCAGUCUGCGGCCGCCUCUCUGUGCCAGGAGUUAAAAACCCAGGGAGACUCAGCAGCGGCACCAGACGAAGACGUGAAGGAACCUCCAGAACAUCGUGACCAAGCUGAACUUCUGCAGAGCACUUUAGACUCCCCUCAGAAAGCCCAAGGUCUCUGGGAGGUUUUCACAGAAAUCAACACUGUGCCAGAAAAAGCUGAUCCAGCCGCGGUGACGGACAGAACGCCCGAGGUCUUUUCAGCAGAGUGGUCCAGCCCUGAGAAACCUUCUCCAACUGAGCCCACCUCAGCAGCGGACCACAUCGCAGCCAGCUCCUCUCACGAAGAUGAAGGAAAAGAAGAAGUCGCCUGCGGAGCUACUUCUGUAAAUGCUAGCACUGUGUCAUCAGGGAAUCUAAACGGGGAAGUGUUAUCGAUGCCAAACUCUAAUCCAGCAGCAGAUGCUGGUCAGGUGGUUUCCAAACCCGUGGUUAACAUUCAAGAGGCCUCCAGCAGGGCUGUGACACAUGAUUCAGACAAUGGCCGUCUUUCAUUCGGAGGUGAAGACGUAAAAGGCCACGAUGUUUCUGAAUCACCUCCUGGACCAGAGCCCACCGCACGGGGUCAGAGUCCACGACGUGACCGCGGCUGUGAGGAGCCAGAAACUGCCAGUUCUGUCAGGGAGUCAGUGAGCACAGAUCCAGCAGAUGGCAGUAAGAGGUCAAAGCCCGAUCAGAAACCAGAACCAGAGCCUGCGUGUUCACCAAAUGACUUCACCUCCUCUGAGAACCUCCGACCAGAAGAUGUCUGGAAAACAGUCCCACAAGUGGAAGACGCUGAAGGUGUUGUCCCUGAGAAGGUGGAGGACGGUGUGAAGGAGGAGGAGGAGGAGGAGGUGCAGAGAGCAGAGGUCGUGGUGGUGAACGCUGUCUCUGAGGCCCUGACACCCAUUCAGAAGGAAACUGAGAUUCAGGAGGCAACGGGAGAAGAAAGCAGUUCAGACACUGACCUGAAGGUGGAGCUGCAGACUGUCACUGAAGAGACAACCCUGGUUUCUAAAGUUCACCUGGACAACAGUGAAGAAGAUCUGUACAGAGCGGCUGAAGAACUCUCAGAGGACAAACCAGCCCCACGACCCCUGCUGGAAAGCACACUUGUAAAGGUCGAGGACAGAUGCAGUUUGGCCCCAGCCGUGGACAUUCUGUCCUACAGUGAGAGAGAGUGGAAAGGAAACACUGCCAAGAGCGCUCUCAUCAGGAAGGGUUACAAAGAGAUGUCACACAGGUUUGGGAGUGUGAGGAGAGUGAGGGGGGACAACUACUGUGCACUGAGGGCCACGCUGUUCCAGGUCCUGUCCCACAGCAACAAGCUGCCUGUGUGGCUCCGAGAGGAGGACGGUGGCGCCAUGCUGCUCAAACAGCUCGAAGCGGAGGACGAUCUGAUCGGACGGUGGACGGUUGCUGGGGAGUGUCUUCAUGCAGACGGGACAGAAGACGUCACCCAGCGGCUGAGGAACUACAUGGAGCUGCUCAGAAACAAGUGGCGAGCGGCCGUGGACUGUUCCUCCGCCGUGGAACGACAGCAGUUUUGCGAGCGAGUCUUUCAGGGUGGCGAUGAAGAGCUGGGCCUGCUGGAGGCGCUAAAGCUGCUGAUGCUGGUCAGAGCGGUGGAGUUGCACCGCUGCAUGCAGGGAGGUGGCGACGUCCCGCUCUUUUGCUGGCUCCUGUUUGCGCGGGAUACGUCCGACUGCCCGCGCUCCUUCCUGUCCAACCACCUCAGCCGUGUGGGCCGCACCGCGGGCCUGGAGCAGGUGGAGAUGUUCCUGUUGGGCUACGCCCUGCAGUGCACCAUUCAGGUUUACAGACUGUACAAGGUGGACACGGAGGAGUUCCUCACCUACUACCCCGACGACCACAAGGGCGACUGGCCGUCGGUCUGCCUCGUCACCGAGGACGAUCGCCACUACAACGUCCCGGUGGUGGGCGCCGCCGCAGGACUACAGACGAAGGUGGAGACGAGCUGAUGCCGCGCCGCGGAGCCGUUUCCUGCCAUACAAACACAACAAGUGCUCAGGUUGAUCCACAAGAAUAGAUUUACACCAGUUAAAGGAGCAGUCCAACACUUUGGGAACGCUCCCCGUUACGUUCGGUACCGAUUUUUACCAAGAUUAUUUACCAGCACAAUAUGAAUAUUUUUGGAAUAUUAUGUUGAGGUAUUUGAAGAGUGGCGCCACCAAUCACAUCAUCCAAACCGCGGUCGUGGUUUUUUAUCCUGGAGAAUAUCUGUGGCCAUGGCGUCUGACGCUAAAGUACUGCUGGGUAUCUUUUUAUUUAUUUACUUUUUUUUUUUUACCUUUUCUUCCCCAAAGUGUUGGGUUUAUUCUUUAAAAAAAAAAAGCUGUCUCUGAAGACCCUGUACAAGUCGUGCUCCUCACACGUCUGUACACACUGUACUGUAUAAAGUAGAGUUUUUCUAUUGGUCAGCAUGUGUAGAUGUACAUCUGAUAUAUGUCUGUUGAGGUGAGAUGAAGUUGCAGGUCUUCUGCGUUUUUUGUUUUUUUUUAUUUAAAUUUCAGCUCAAGAACAAAAAGAGAAUUUCUAAGAAGCUCUGUUUUUCUUUCAAACUGAUUCAUUGUAAACAGUUCUGCUGCCAAAUUAUAGAAUAGAAACUAUGAACUGUCUAGUGUUUGACACUGGAAUUUGGGCACUUUGAUUUUUCUACUUUAGUUUAUAUGUUAUAUGUUGUCAAAAAAUGCGUUUGAAUGGAUGUUCGAUCUUAACCGAUAACGAUUCUUGCCGAUGUGACAUUUAUGCUAAUAUUGGGCCAAUAUUAUCGGUUAAUGAUAUCAGUCGGCCGAUAUUAUCGGACAUCCCUAACUUAAAACCGAUUUCAAGGAAGAACAGCAGGAUUGGUCUAAGAAGGAUUUACGGUUUCUUCAGGUUAGCACCAUAUGAUGAUCAGAGGACCAGGGCGUUGAACCCCCAACUCUGUGUCAGAGGUGUGAUAAUUGUGGGUCAGUGUUUGUCUGCAAAUGUGUAUGUGUGUGUGUGUAUGUGUGUGUGUUUCAAACUCAGUGUAACAUGUUGCCUUUAACCAAGCUGUCGUGAAGGAAGUGAAGAAAUUAUUGUUGCUGCAAAUACUGGCAACAGUCUCAACCACCAGCCGCUGGGUUUCAGAAGACAAGGUCGCUUGGUCCUCCAUGUUGCCUUAGAUAUAAUGCACAAUAAGAAUGAAUGUGGGCUCCUGAGUCACAGACGCUCGCCUCCCUGCUCUGAUUUCAGGUUCAGAGCAGGUGAAGGCGGUGAGUUGACAUUUUAAAAUGCUGAUUAUGACAUUUGCAGGAACUUUGUUGCCAGAUUUUUUGGAUGGCACUCCAAUAAAGUGAAAAUAUGUUUUUAA